AGGAAGUGACAUGGCCGCCUACUUAUACAGAGCAUCUUCGACUUUCUCCGGGUACUUGUAAGGUUACGUUAGUCAGUCUUUUAUUCACGCAAAGUUUCGCCCAUUUUUAUUGUGACAGCGCCCUGUGGAGCUUAGCAUGGGCACCGUCCAUGCCAGGAGCCUGGAUCCUCUGCCCAUGCGGGGGCCAGAGCUAGGAGUUCAAGCUGACGACAUCGAGGCUCCAGAGACUGAGCUGGAGCCAAAGCAUGAAGUUCUUGAAAACAAGGAUGUUGUGGUUCAACGAGUGCACAUAGAUGGGCUCGGAAGAACCAAGGAGGACCUGUUGACUUAUGAAAUCGCAGGAGUUUUCCAGGCAAAGAACUUGAUUGAUGUGAUGCGAAAAUCCCAUGAAGCCCGACAGAAGCUGCUGCGUCUCGGUAUCUUCAGAAAAGUUGAAGUUGUUAUUGACACCUCACGAGGUGAAAAUGCUCUUCCCAACGGCCUCGACGUGACGUUUGAAGUCACUGAGCUGAGACGUAUGACAGGCAGCUACAACACCAUGGUCGGAAACAAUGAGGGAAGCAUGGUACUGGGCCUGAAGUUACCCAAUGUAUUGGGUCGGGCAGAGAAACUGACCUUCCAGUUCUCCUACGGGACCAAAGAGACAUCCUACGGCCUGUCCUUCUUCAAACCCCAACCAGGACACUUUGAACGCAACAUCUCACUGAACAUCUACAAAGUAACAGGUCAGUUUCCAUGGAGUUCCCUGAGGGAGACGGAUCGAGGCAUCUCUGCAGAACUGAGCUUCCCUGUCUGGAAGACCAGCCAAACACUGAAGUGGGAGGGAGUGUGGAGAGAGCUGGGAUGUCUGGCUCGCACUGCCUCGUUUGCCGUCCGGGAGGAGAGUGGCCAUUCCCUCAAGUCCUCACUUUCACAUGCUAUGGUCAUCGACACCAGAAACUCCUCCAUCCUUCCCAGGAAAGGUGGCCUUCUGAAGAUCCAUCAGGAACUUGCUGGUUACACUGGGGGCGAUGCCAGUUUCCUGAAAGAGGACUUUGAGAUUCAGCUCAACAAAACACUCUUCUGGGACUCAGUCCUUUCUGCCUCAUUGUGGGGUGGUUUGCUCCUACCCAUCGGUGACAGGCCAACAAGCAUAGCAGACAGGUUCUAUCUAGGCGGCCCCACCAGUAUCAGGGGAUUCAGUAUGUACAGUAUGGGCCCACAGAGUGAAGGUAUGGCAGGUGACUACCUGGGAGGAGAGGGCUACUGGGCUGGGGGCCUCCACCUCUACACCCCUCUACCCUUCAGACCAGGCAAGGGGGGCUUUGGUGACCUCUUCAGAACACACUUCUUCCUCAAUGCCGGAAACCUUUGUAACCUUAACUAUGGUGAGGGGCCACAAGCACAUUUGAGGAAACUGGCGGAAUGCAUCCGUUGGUCAUAUGGACUGGGCAUUGUGCUGCGUUUGGGGAACAUUGCCAGGCUGGAGCUGAAUUACUGCAUUCCCAUGGGAGUCCAGAGUGGAGACAGGAUAUGUGAUGGGGUCCAGUUUGGAGCAGGAAUAAGAUUCUUGUGAAACCACAUUUCUUGAAUCUUGGAUCAAAGUUUUAUGCCAGAAACAUUUUAUUUGGAGCGGAAAUUGCUUGUACAGAAUUGUUGUUGUGGGGAAUUAGUUCAAUAAAAGUGUUUGCACUGAC